ACAACUUGCAUUUCGAGGGAGAGAAGCGCAUUCCAAACAUUCUGGCAUUGUUGCUCAGUGCUACCAGAAGACUCUGCAUUUUGUCAGCGUCUUCACCAAACAGGACUAUGUCAUCUGCGUAUUCUAAAUCGAUAAGUGGACCUCCUGGAUGGAGAUCAAUACCCGAGAACUCAGUCGACGAGAAAGUUAUUUCCAUCAGUAGAUCUAUGAUGAAGUUAAACAAAAAUGGGGAAAGUGGACAGCCUUGACGGACACCACUUGAGGUUGCUUAGUGCGCUUAGUGCGACACCAACGCUAGCAAGACCAGACGAAGAUGCCACAGGGUCCCCGGGUAAGCGCACGUAAAACAAAAGCGACAGAUGAAGAGCGAAUUUGUAGUACUUCACCAGAGUCUUGAAUACGGGUCUCGGACAGACAGCAGACAUCGAUAUUAAGACUUUCCAAAGACAUAGCCAGCCCUAUCUGUUGUCCGACCUGCAUAAGUGUGCGAACGUUGAAGGCAGCCAGUUUGAAUGGUGCACGUGGUUUCAGAAAACCUGCUUCAGUAUUCGUAUUCGGUGGUAGCAUACAAUUUUCAACCAGGCAGUGAUUCGAGAACGUUUAGAUAGAACUGAGUUUCCACCAUAGGCGAGUUGCUGUGUAAGUCGAAAAAUAAGGAUACAUAAAGUGGGAAUAAAAUCGAGUGAAUAAAUGGCGUAGAAAAGAAUAAUAAUAACAAUAAUAGAAAAGUAUUUUCCAUAAAUAUCGACAUUUCAUCAUAUUUGUGUGAGGGCUGCGAUACUGCCCGGAUGCCCAGACCGAAGCAGGUGGUUUUCUUAGGGGGCCACACCCGGAGCCUUCGACCUAAAGGUCUAACCCACAAGGCAGUGGAGCAUCGUGAGGAGAUGCAGUCCCAUGAUAGCCGGUGACCAACGACUGGUUCGUACGCCAUGUGCACCAUUGGUUUGGGAUCCGGUUAAAGAGUCGGAUAUUCGCUUUUCGUCCUCUCAUUUUCGUAAACAACCUCCCGCCACGGAAAGGCAGUGAGUAGGACUUCCCUGGCAGAGGCUAUAUACACGUGGCCGUGUGAGAGUAUUUUGAGAGGGAGGGCGGGCCUACCCCACUCUCGGCCAUUCUGGGAACUGGAUGUAAUCCAAUCUGACUGGUCUCGAUCGCUGAUCACAAAUCAAAUGACUUGUAUGGUGCAUAGAUAUUCAGUGCCCCUUCAUACUAAUGUUCACCUAAUUUGGGAGUUUGGCAUCUGACGAAAUCUCGGCACGGUAUGAGAAGGCUCGAUUGGCUUUCGCCGAAUCGCGUCACUUGUGGCAUAGUCUAGAUAUCCAUCUUCCUAUCAACGGGGAGUUUACUGCUUAGUAGUCUACUCCACUCUACUUUAUGGAUGUGAAACCUGGUCAUCAAGAGUAGAGGAUAUUCUCAGGUGUCUACAAACAUUGCUCAUGAAUUUUUGGACCACGGAGUAAGCAUAGCCUGGGUUAAGAUGGGGAAUUGGUUUAUGAUGUAGUAAAUCUUCAUUAACUGAAGUGGUGAGAACAUGCAUUACGCAUGUCCACCCAUCGCCUACCUCAACAGGCAAUGUUUUUUGGUGUAGGAGUAGUCUGGAAGAAAGCUAGGGGCGGCCAGACCAAAACAUGGCAUCAGUCUAUGAUGUCACUGACAGUUGAACUUAGACGUGCUAUUAGGUACAGACUACCUGGUUAGGAUCCACGUGAUUAUCGUAACAAAUGGUUUAAGACUUUGAAUGACCUGACUCAAGAUCGUUUGCAGUGGCGUAGGUACAUCCGUGCUUUGUCUUUCCCCGAAUUCUAAAUUCCUCAUAACUUCCUUUAUACUUUUAUUUCGUCAAUUUAUAUUUUCUUUUUGAUCCUCAUCUUCGAUACCUAAUCUUUCCUAUUACCACUAAUUCUGUAACUACCUCUUCCGAAAUUUGGCCUUGAAAAUUCAUCUCUCUAUGCUAAUGGGGUAUGUUAACCGAUUUACAUACAUACAGGCUCUACGUUGUGACUGAAUGAAUGUCGACAGCGUACAUUAAAGACCUCAUUAAGUGUUACUGACUAACGCUUAAGUUAUGUUUUACUGUGGAUUUUUGUAAGCGAAUUAGUAUCGCACUCUCUGGCCUCUGUUCAAUUUCCAUUCCUUAUUACAAAUACUUCGGAAUAAACUUUUAAAGUUGGUGCUCUGAGAAAUAACUAACAAUCAGCAAGAAAAACAAAAUUAAUUAAACUUAGCAUGCCUGGCCGUUACUGCUACCUUGACGUGGUGAUCGGGCUAGCCUAUCGUGAUGAACGAAUCGGGCUAUACUGGCUGGGACAAUCUUUCCCCAAGGUCCUAACAUCCCAGGCAGAUCGGUUGAAUAACGGUAAGAUGGAAAACAGCAAACCCAAGGUUCGUUCUGCUAACUGUACAGAGGUGUGAUGGCAGUAAGGUGUUUACUUCAGACAAUCAGCAUAACAUCUAUUCUGCCUUCCCACGAAGGAACCGUGAGGUUAGGUCGACCCUGAUAAUGCACACCUCGUCUCAUCCCGCGAAUUUUAGCCUCCUGCGGUAAGGUAUCAACAAGUAUGGAGCGAACACAAAAAGUCGUGUGUGACUGGCCUCAAGCAGUUGUCCCUUCGACAUUGCGGUCAAGCUAUCAGGUCACGAAGACCAACUGUAACCCUCUUUCGUUUUCAGGCACCUCAAGGAGAACCGUUCUACUGUGUGAGUAACGGGAAAGUGAUAACCGCCUUCAUACUUCUAACAGCACUUAUGACCACAAACUUCACAUGGUUUAUAGAAACAGUCUACGUUAGCAGUUGCAACUUGAAUAUAUCGCAAAAAACUGUAUCUUUACUACUUGUUGGUGAUUAUUUUUUUACGUUGCGAGCGAUCAUUUUCGCUAAAUAGAUUUUCACACAAGUGGCAACCUCAGAUCCAUCAUAAUUAAAUGAUUAUGUAUAUCUUCUCUAUCAACAAAUCCUUGUGUAUUCUUCGGUUUUUAGGAUUGUAUAUCAUGAUGGAGCUGACGAUCAAUAUCUGUCUCUAAUUUUAAAGAGAAGCAUGACACACACAGUUUGCACUCAACUAAAACCUUCACUGUCUGUUCGGACUCGUGCUCUAACAAACAAGUCGCACACUAGGUUGGCCAGUAAACUGUCGUUGUUAUCUGAUUCUUUGAAUCUGCGUCAUCGGAACAGGAAUGUAGAAAGAAGAAAUCACUUCAAGCAUCGUCAUGUUUUCUUAAAUAGGGAUGAUUGUUUACCUGACCCCAAAUCGCCUGUAGAAGACAACGGUCUCAAAGAACAGUCUGUGAUCAAUUCAAUCCAAGAUACCUCUGCUUCUUCUGUUUCAUCUACUUCCUGUGGGUCUAGUAGUAUGUCCUCCGUUUGUAAGUGGAAGGGUUGUGGGUGUGUUGACAUUGAAAGGACUCAGUUGAUCAAUCACAUUCAACAAAUUCAUGUCGUCCCACAGUUAUCCAGUCGGCGAAAAUAUUUUAGUUGUUUGUGGCAGGAUUGUCGUGUGUUUGGAAGACCUAGUGUUUCGGCUGCGUGGCUGGAACAACAUAUACUUCAUCAUACGGAUGCCAAAGGAAAACCAUUUAGAUGCAUUUUCGAUGCAUGCACAUUACGAUUUUCUACUUCCACAUUGUUAGAACGUCAUGUUCAACGGACACAUAUGCGCACAAAUCGUAUCAAUAGUGAUUCCUUACCCAAAGUAUCUCUAACUGACAAGAACAUACUUUGUCAGCCACAUUCAGAAGAAAUAACUAAUUUACAAAAUCCAUUAAAGAAAUGUACUUCGCUAUCUACCAAAAAAAAUUUGCGCAAACGUAAGAAAACGCGAACUUACCGAGUUCGUCGCUUGGAUUUUUAUGAUUACAGAAGUCAAAUACUGGUUAAAAACAAGUUGAAAAUUUCAUAUCUUCUAAAUAAGGAGCUCACAACAAAAAAUAAUCGUGAACGAUCUCGCAUUUUACCACUGAGUUUUUACAAGUUACCUUUGAAACUUUAUGACAAAUCUACAAAUUCGCGUGCACGUCCCAAUGUUAAUCCACCAAAUAUCAUGGUUAGUAAAGAAUCGACCCUACCAUCAUUGUUGAGGCAUACAAAAGAUGUUCAUCAGCACAUAUCAUUGCUGUUGACAACUCCUCAUACGGUAAGUUAAUAUACAAUCGAUUGCAGUUGGGGAAACUUAAUAUGUAAAUUAUAUCAGUAUCACAAAUCGUUGUAGUACAUGAUUAGAAUAAUAAUGAUCCUACUUAGAAUUCAGAUUAAGACACUGUUUUCGAAGUGAAGGCAAUAAGUACAUAAGUAUUUUAUUGGUUUCUUAACUUAUUCUGUUCACUUAUGUCAAUCACUACUCCACUCAUAACAAUUGCUGAAGCCCCCACCUCUUGUCACAAUUCUGAUGACAAUUACCGUUGGAAAAAUCUCGUUUCGCUUUGUUAUUCAAGCAAAUAGUAUUGAUUACUAUUUCGUCACACUCAUUUUUAUUUUACACUGUCACUUCUCAGUUUUUCUUUGUUUUCACCUUAUGUAUUCUUUAUUUGUCAAAUCACCCAGCAGCUCAUCUAUGAUGGAAGUUCUGUCCUAUUUAAGCAAUCUCAUGUCACAGUUUAGUCGAAUUUAUGGAUGCUUCCACGGAAUGCGAUUGUUAAUACACCUUUUAUGGAUCAAAGUAUCUCAUCCAAACUGGCCUCCUUCAACAGUCACAUAUUGAUGAGGAUAGGACAACAGAUACGUUUGGCCGUCAUUGGAAAGUCUUGGUGUCGACAUCUGUUGUACCUCUGAGACCAGUAUUCAAGACUCUGAUGAAGCACUACAAAUUCUCUUCAUCUGUCGAUUCGUAAAGCUUGUUGACGUGCGCAUAUUCAAGGACUUUGUGACAUCUUUGUCGGGUUUAGCUGCCAUGGGCGUUGUAUUAAGUCAUAUGGCAGAGGCAGCACUAAUUGAUUAUAUCCCCCAUUAACAGUCGUUUAUGUGUCGUCAGAUCGGAAAGCUCAAUCAAGAUGAGGAUGGACUGGCGUGUGAAACAGUCUUUUUGCUAUCUUCGCCUAUGUUCCGACACAUUGCAGUAUAGAUCCAAUAAAGGAUGAGUUGCACUACCAAAUUGUUUGUCUGGAGAAAGCGCGCCCGAUAGAUAUCGUAGUGCCAGACGGAGAUUUGAAUGUGCAGGUCAGGCAUCUAGGGACAGAGGACAGUUGCUUGGGUGGCUGCCCAAUGAAGACUCGUUGGUUGCAGGUCGGAUAACGGUAACCGUCUUCUACAAGCAACAACUUACUUUCAGCCAGCACCAACUUCUGUCACAGUCAUUCCUGAUGUACUAACUGACGUCCUGCAUCCCCAACUCAAUCUUCGACUCAGACUGCUCAUAUAGCGAUUAGAUACUGCUAGAAUAGUUAUGUACACGACUACCGCUCCUUUUAGAGUUCCUAUCUGGACUUCAAUCAUGGUUUGGUUAGCGAUAAUCUUAUCUUACGUUUCAGUGGUCGAAAAUUUCAUUGUCCUAAACGGAUUGAUCCAGGCAAAUCCACUACAACCUUUGCUACAACUAGUUGUCAAGUCGAGUUAUAUUGAAAUCUAGCUAUCAACCCGUGGAAAAGUAUGGAUAAGAGGUAGAUGCGUUUGCUCGACACCAUGGAAAUGGUGGGUUACGUUUCUUGUGGCUUUGUGAAACGUCCCGCUUAUAUGCACUGGGUUUCUACCGACUCCUUACAACUUCUUGAGGCACGUUUGUCUACCUCGGGUGACCACGAGUUUGACCACGAACGGAGACUGUUAGGUAAUGAAAUGAGGCAAAGCUUGCGUAAUGUUCAAGAAAAAUGGGGGUCGGAGCGUGCCAAUGAGUUAGAAGCAGCAGUUGUAUCUGGUAACUGCCGGAAGCUCUUUUGACCUAUCUCAGUCACUGGCAGCAAAAAGUCUGGUGUGAGCGAGACAAUCUGUGAGGAUGAUGGGAUGCCAAUCACUAACAUCCAUCGACGUCUUGGACGAUGGGCAGAAUUCUUCGAACAGCAGUUCAAAUGGCCCGCUGUUCCGGCAACAUCGGUCAGACUGUCCUGCCCUCCAUGGCCGGUGACGACUGAUCCACCAAAUGAAGCGGAAGUCCGCAAGGAGCUCCAACUCUUGAAGCGCUACAAAUCACCAGGCCCAGAUGACUUACCUCCGGCUCUUUUUAAAGAUAGUGGUGACUUUUUGACUAAAAAAUUGACGACGUUGUUUACAAAGGUUUGGGAACUAGAGAGUGUACCAACGUCAUGGAAUGAGUCGAUAGUUGUUCCUAUCUUUAAAAAGGCUUCACGUCAUUUCUGUAUCAAAUAUCGGGGGAUAAGCCUACUUCCGAUUGCGUCCAAACUAUUGGCUUCCGUCAUACUUCGUAGAUUGUUCAAAACCCGAGAAAGAUUGACUCGCGAGGAGCAGGCUGGGUUUCGUUCUGGUCGAGGAUGUAUUGAUCAUAUCUUCACCCUUCGCCAAAUGUUAGAACACCGCCAUACUUAUCAAAGGCCAACAAUCGUAGUGUUUCUUGACAUCAGAGCUGCAUUCGAUUCGUUGGACAGGACUGUUCUCUGGGAUUGUCUAUUGAAGAAGGGUGUGCCUAAGAAGUUUAUUAACAUCCUAAAAGCCCUAUAUACAAACACCUCAGGCAGAGUGAGGGCAUACAACUACCUCCCUCCAUUGUUCCAUUCCAGCGGUGGGGUUAGGCAGGGUUGCACAAUCUCACCAUUCCUCUUCAACUUUGCGAUCGAUGACAUUGUGGAAACAGCUCUGAUGAAUGUAAGUAAUGGUGGUGCGGAUCUGUUGUCUGGAGAAAGACUUCUCGACCUUGAGUAUGCGGACGAUAUUGUCUUACUGCGUGAUAAUACCCAAGGCAUGCAAUCCGCACUUAAUCAGUUGGCAAUCAGUGUCCGUAGGUACGGUAUGUGCUUUGCACCUUCGAAGUGCAAAGUACUUCUACAAGACUGGCAGGAUUCCAAUCCUGUACUCACCCUGGAUGGUGAGCAGAUAGAAAUAAUCGAGAAGUUCGCGUAUCUAGGUAGCUGCAUAAUUGCUGGUGGUGGCGUGAAUGACGAGAUCAAUUCACGUGUAGUGAAAGCCGGAGAGGCUUAUGCCAAUCUGGGCCAUCUUUGGCGCCUUCGUGAUGUUAGUCUGGAUGUAAAGGUCGGAUCUACAACGCGUUGGUGAGAGCAGUUCUGCUCUAUGCUUGUGAAACCUGGUCUCUCCGAGUUGAGGAUAUUAGAUGAUUCUGUGUUUAAUCAUCGUUGUCUCCUAAGGAUUGCUGACAUCCAGUGGCAACACCAUGUUAGUAAUACAGAGGUUCGGCAUCGUGUGUUCGGGCACAGAGAUGAUAAUGCAAUUGGUGUCACCAUCUUGAAACAUCGACUUCGGUGUCUUGGACAUGUUCUACGAAUGUCGUCCCAGAGAAUUCCACGUCGUGCAUUAUUUGCCGACUCUGGGACUGGUUGGAAGAAGCGGAGAGGUGGUCAGUGCAUGACAUGGUGUCGUGGCAUGAAAGAAAGCUGCAAAUGGCUGGCUUCUGUUGGUCCUUCAUGACUCCCUUGUUGAGGUCCGAGAAACGGUGCUACACAGUGGCUAGGGACGUUAUCAGAUAUGGCUCAGAAUAGAAGCCAGCGGCGAUCCUGCUGUAACAUUCUUUUAUUUUCUUCAUAAAAAAUGGACGUAACUUCUCUAACUGGAAGAAUUUUUUCUUGUUGUGCCUUUGCUAACUGAAUUGUUUCUUCUAUUAUAAUUACAAUUAUUAUCAAUAAUUUCACUCAUAAACUAAUUUUUGUUCCUUAUUCUUGCUUUGUUAUACGCACUUCACAUUUUUCAUCUCCUUACAUCCUCAUUAUUAUUGUGUGGUGUAGAUGUAUUUGUUGCCGUAUUGUACCAAUUUUUGUGUGUUCAAGUAAAUAUAAAUAAAAUAAUGCGAAAGUUUUAUAGACAGCAGUAGUACUUGUUAACUGCUGGAAGAUAUUUCAACCCAUCCGAGCUUCUGUCAGCGAAAUACCUGGCUUGAAGGAUAAAAUCUCUAGACCUGAUGGGACGCUAGUCAACGACAUCCUAGACAAUGUGUGCUUUUUCAGAAACAGUUCAUCUCUUCUGCUGCUCAUAGAUGGCGCAGAACCCACAAAAGACUGACUAACGAGAAGACCGGUUUACGUUUAGGUCGUUGAUGCAUUUGUCGCAUUUUUACCCUCUGUCAAAUGUUAUAUCACUGCCAUAUUUAUUCCAGGCCAACAAUUGUUGUGCUUCUUAGUAAUACGGCUGCAUUCCAGCCAUUGGCUAGGACUGUACUCUGGGAUUGUCCGUUAAAGUGUGUGCCUUAAAAAUUGAUCAGUAUUUGAAAGGCUACUUACAUAGACAGCUCAGUCAGAGUGGCUUCAUACAAUCAUUCCCUAUUGUCCCAUUCAGGCAGUGGUGUUAGACAGGGCUUCUCAUAAUCACUAUCCGUCUCCAACUUUGUCAUCGAUAACAUUCUGGGAGAAUAUUUGGUGGUAAUAAGUAGUAGUGAUGUGUAUCAGUUACCUAAAAAAUUUCGAUCUUAUGUACGCGGACGGUUUUAUCUUUAAUGUGAGGUGAUACUCAAAUUAUGAGUAUCACGCUCAGUCGAUUUGGAAUCAAUACUCGUAAGUGUAACACGUACCUGCACCUUCACAGACUCUUGUUUGUGAACUGUUUAAAGUAGUUGAAAAGUUCAUGUAUAUGGUUAGAUGCAUGAGUGGCGAUAACAAAGUGAUAAAUGAAAUCAGUCUGUGUGUAUUUAUGGCCGCUGGAGGUUACGUUAAUGUGAGCCCUUUUUGACAUCGUCGUGAAUGUUAGUCAGGUUUACAAAGCGUUAGCAAGAGUAAUUUCCUAUGGUCACAAAACCUUGCACCUCUAAUUUGAGGAUGUUAGACUAUUUUCUGUGUUCGAUUCUUCAAUGAAAUGUGCAACACCAUCGACCUUAGUAAUUAGUGUCACACUGGAUUCAAUGGAUUACACGUGAAUUCCAAAGGCUUCUAUAUCGAGCUUUGCUACCGACGCUUAGACUAAAUGGGAAAGUAGAGAAGUGAUCAGUUUUUGAAUUGGUACCGUAGUAUGAAUAAAAGUGAAAUAGGACUGGAACCUACAGGUCUACCACGACCCCCUGGUUUUGGAUCCUAACGAGGUUAUGCAACUCAGUGACCCAAGAUAUCAAACAUGGCUUGGAACAGAAAUGGCUGGUGAUUCUGACGUAGUUUCUUUUUACUUUUUGAUAACUUCAACUUCGUGUGUAUUAUCAACUGGACUAAUUCUUCCGUUAUUUACUUUUUUCGUUAAUUAUUCCACUUAGUUUAAUUUCUCCUCUUCGGAUGUAUAACUUUUUCCUCAUCAAGUUAUCCAUACUUUUUGUGGUGCCUUUUUUUUUAUCUCCCAUUGGAGUGGAUUUUAUGUUCUAAAAUAAAUAAAACAAUAACGGUAAUCUGUAGCUGAAGAAAUUGAGUGACAUGUCUAAAAACCGGUCACAUUAACUCAGAUGCAUUCAUUUUUUAUCUUCCUCUAGAUCUUGAGUUCACUAUUCCUUGUGACAUAUUUUUCUGUUGUCUUUUAGCGCCAUAUUCUCAAUGUUUAACCUCUCCUAUUAUGAUUUCUACUACGGCUGUUCAUCUUGUUGGCCUUAUGUGUUAUAGUAUGUUAUAUAUAUGUCACACCAAGGAAGUGACAAAUAUUUUAAUGACACAUAUGUCAGAAAUAGGUCAUAACUUUACAGUAUUUUUAGUGGCAGUAAGCACAUACUGGAUAAUAAUAAUAUUGAUUUUUUUUGUUUAAAAACAGUUAGGCAACCCAGAUGUUAUUUAGGAUAGUAAACCAAAAUGCCCUUGGACUCACGUCCUUGUACAAAUAAUUUCUGUGUUAAUGACUAGUCCGAAUUCAACUAUGCUUUUCAAGGUUGUAUGCCUAUGGGUUAAUAUUAACUUUCAUAAACAUUGAGUUAAUUAUUUAAACAAAAUUACUUAAUAGUAUGCGACCGAUAAAUAAUUAUUACUUCAAUAUAUAUUGAUCGUGACUCUCAGUUUGUUGGUCGACGUAUUUCUCUGGAUCAUCGAUGUGAAUUUCUCGUACGCUGGAUUAGCGGUUCUGGACAUAGUGUUAUCCCACCUACUUGGAUGUUCGAAGAGGAACUUAAUGUGGCAGCUCAUUUGGAAAGUAUUUUGUGAAAUGUGCAAUAAUGUGAUCUCGUUUCAUGCGGCAACAACCCGACGGUUUAUUGCUGCAUUUUGCUGUUAGUUCCAAUUGAUGGACAGCAACAUACGGGCUUUCGAUCCUCUGUUGUAUUCAUCUAAUAUGUUGCACUCAGCUGUGAAAACUGUUUGUAUCGUUUUGACCAACUUACUUUAUCAGUUCUUGUUUGUUAGUGUUUAUUUAUUUACUUCCCCUCAGUCUUCAUGUUCGUCUAGCUUACCUACUUACUAACUUAAUUGUUUAUAUUUGUGAUCAUGUAUGAUACAUUUUUGCUUUUGCUCAAUCUAGGUGGCACAUACGUAUUUAUUAUGAUGUUAGGAUUUUCCCAAACAUUUCUCACCUUAUAGGCUUUCUUUGAAAUAUACGUGAUGUAAUUCCUUAUAACUGUGAGCUUGAUUUCGGUUACUGAAGGUUGAGUCAGGACAAGAUUUGUCAAAUAUAUAUUCUGAAUAGCAUGGUACAGAAACAAUCAAAGCGUCUACGACCCCACCGAUUGUUCCUUUCAAUGUCGUGAAAAUUAG